AUGGUUUGGUUAAAGUUAAGUAGGUCAGCAGUUGUCGAAUCUCUUGGACGAAGUGGUGCCCAAUCGACAUGUCAUAAGCGAUGGAUCCGGUGGCAUGAGGUUAGUCGAAAUUGGGCGAAGAAUGUCGAUAUACCAGGAAUAACAAUGAAUAUUCGGCUGGCAGGGGAAUUCGACCAAUGGGAGGAUGAAACGUUUGAAGUGGAGAUGGACGUUGCAUUCUGUAAAGAAGAAAUCGAUUGUGAUGAUGAUGAGAUUGGAGUCGAUGUUUUAUGCGUAGAGCGCAUACCAGAAAGGUAA